CCUGUUUUGAAUACCACGCCUCUUUUUGCGGCAUAGUCAAUUAGGCCGCUAUUGGGCCCUAACACCUUAAAAACAAACAUAACAAAAAAAAAACAAAACAGUCCGAAACAGAUAUUGAUAAUAUUAAUCUGUAUUGAAAAAAUCAUUGCUCUUGCUUCAAAAACUACGGAGGAAACAGUCGAGUAUACCGUUUGUAUGGAGAAAUGACCAUUUACAAGCUCGUAUUACACAAAGUAAUUACAAUUACCUUUAAAUUAAAACUCAUUAGCAAUCAAUAACGCAUGACUUAUCGUAAUGUACUAAUACUUUGUUCAGAUCAUUGAACAUUUUAAGUGGAUUUCAGUAAUCGGCAAUGCAAUGGCUUCAACGCAAUCAAAUAUGUCAGCCAACAUAGUCCUAGGCACAUAUUCAAUGAUCACCCAAUUUCCGCAUUCGGCAUUUCUAGCUAUACACAUUUAUACCUGUGGUGCGUCCAUAUUGAAUCAAGUUCUUCUACUAACUGCAGCACAUUGCGUUUAUGAACAUACAAACCCAGAGGAAUAUAUUGCCUUUGUGGGACACAAUACAAGGCAAAAAGGUAGUCAAUACGCAGUGUUAAAAUUCACUAUCCAUGAAGAUUACCACAGCAAGUUUAUUUGGAACGAUAUAGCUUUAUUGAGGUUGAAGAAGGAUCUUAAUUUUGGAAGGAACGUCGCUAGAGUACUUUUACUGCCGGAUCCGCCUUACGAUGAGAUGGCAGCCGUUGCUGGUUGGGGUGUAACAGAGGUAGGUGGCAGCUUUGUCAGCAAUUUCCUCAAGCACGUCAGUCAGAAGGUGUAUAAGCGCAAAGCCUGUGUCCUUAUUGGCUUAAAACGUGUGCCUCGAGGCACUAUCUGUGGAGAGCAUAAGGAAAAAAAUGGGCACCCAGAGGAGGGUGACUCAGGCAGUGCUUUAGUAGUUCGUGGUUACAUUCAGAUCGGAAUUGUGUCUUUCAAUCGACCGGACGUUUCAAAAACUAACACGGUUUACACGGACACGGGUUACUUCUACCAAUGGAUAAAAGAGAAUGCGAGAAAAUUGUAUUGUAGUGACCAAAUGCAAUAAAACAUUGUUUGUUUAUA